AAUGUCUCACAACUCGAAGUUACAGCCCUAUCAGAACCACACCAGGGCUGAUGUCUUAGAAGAUAGUUGGGGCAGUCAGGAGAGGACGCUGGCUGUGCUGCUGGAACAGGCUUUCAGGAUCAAAGAGGAGGUGGCAGCAGGUCUGCAGAGCGCCCAGGGCUCAAUCCAGGUCCAGGCACUGUCCCGCAAGCUGCUGGAAAAUCACAUACUGACCAUCACACGCAUUGUCAAGCAGCUUAGCAUGGACAUAAAGGCCCUGGAGAGUCAGGUCGUCCAGCGGGACUCCAUCACCUCUGAAACCACAAUUGCUGUUCAAAGCCUGGACCAAAAGAACAUGGCUAGCAUUGGGGACCUGAGAGGAAGAGUAGCCAGGUGUGAUGCGGGCAUCGGCAAGCUGAGCGCCGACGUGAGCUCUGGGGAGCGGCGGGUGAUUAGACUGCAGCAGGAUGUGACAGAACUCAGAUCAGGCGUGGACGCACGGAUCAAAGAGCUGGAAGUCAAGCUUUAUCAAGACCUGGGGAAGGUGGAGGCCUCACUGUCAGAGCACACCCAGGGACAUAAGAGCUUCAUGUCUGAUCUGCAUACACAAGUUAAACUACUAGAAACCAGGGUGUCAGGGGAACUGAAGGAAGCCAAGGAGCAGACAGAUUCGCUGAGGAAGUGGACAGAACAACAGCUCAACAGCUUAGCCCAGACUCAUGUGGAAAGCAUCCAGCAGCACCGCACACAACUGCAGGACCAAAUGCUAGAGGCAGAGUCGAAAUUAACUGUCCGGCUACGUGCUCUGGAGGCCCAUGUGGAGCAGCUAGAGACCCAGCAGGAUCAGACCGACCGCAGUCGUGCAGAACAGCUGAAACGCUCUGAAUCCAAACUCAGUAAAAGAAUUACCUCAAUGGAGGGCAGCCUUCAUCAGGAGCUGCAGCUGCUCAAACAGGAAUACCACAAAGCGUUCCUGUCAGUGCACGACGCCAUUGAGUCAGUGAGGCAGAUAGGUGACAUCAAAUCCCGCCUCGACAAGGACAAGCUUCAGAGGGACAUCAGGCACAUCUGCAACAAGGUGGCAGAGCUCAAUGACAUCUGACAUUAUCUGCUGAAGAGGAGCUCAUUAUUACUGUCACAACUUACUGAAGCGUUAGCUUGAAUCAAAGUCUUUUUAAACCAAAAGGCAGGCAGUCACUGAGUGUGUAAACUGUUCACAUCUUAUUCUAUGAGCCCACAGUUAGUCAGACUAUGUUAAUAUCUAAUUUAAUUAUAUUGUAAUUUGUAGUAGAACAUCUUGUGUGAAAUGUUAGGCAACAGGAUGACGGACAGACCUGUCAAUCGAAGUUAAUGUUGUGCAAUUUAAAAAUGUAAGAAGAUGAAUUGUUUAGCAUUUCACUUUAACUAACUCACUGCAUUAGGUAUUUUUUCACUUUAAAACAUCCAACAUUGUCACAAUUUUAACCCCUUUUUAUUUCAAUAAAUGGGACUGCAUCAAUACAUAUUAAGUGUUCUUUUUAUUUUUGUCAAGUAAAAAGAUAUUUAAAUGUAUACCAGUACCAAUUUCUUUGUUUAAAAGGGAAAUUGUUGUCAUUUUCAU